AUGCCUCGGCUCCUGAGAGGUGUCCUCUGUGUAAUGGAGACGUUCCACAAGUACGCCAGAGAGGACAAGGCUACGCUGACCCACAGAGAGCUGGAGCAGCUGCUCCAGGGCGAGCUUGCGGACUCUAUCCAGCCACCUGUCAUUCAUGCUGUGCAGAGGAAUUUGAAUCUUCUGGGUAUUGACAGUGCCGACACCAUUAGUUUUGAUGAAUUUGUUCUGGUGAUAUUCAACUUGUUGAACCUCUGUUAUUUUGAUAUGCAAUCAUUACUGAAUUCAGAACCAAGACAGGUGCUUAACCCACACAAUGUGGAUCUUCAGGUGACUACCAGAAAUGGUCAGCAGACAGGGGGAACUCUGCCAACUCAAGACAAGGUUGUGACAUCAUCAGCUGAGCUCAGCACUGAAGAAAGUAGGGUAGUUGGAUGCCAUAGAGGGGACCCACAGGGAGGCAGCAAGACUCACAACCUGCCAGGAGAAACUUCUGAGCAGAAUGACGUGAAAAUCCAACAGCUAGAAGCAGAUGAACAAAAUCAGGAAGCAGCUCCAAAGGUACUAGCAACAGAGGACAAUGGAGCCCAACUUAAAACAAGUGAGUCAUUUGCAGAAUCAGAAGAGACUAGCAGUCCUACAAAGAGGGAGGCACAGAAUAGGCAGAUUCCCAGGGAAGGAGAUAAACCAGCCAGGGAGCAAAGGGGCACCAAGACAAGAGGCCCGCGGGGAGAAGAGGAACGGAACUUGAAACAACAACAAGAAACAACACAAAGACCAUCUGAAAACCAGGAAGCUGCUGCAAAAAAGGGUACUAAGAAAUACUCGAAAUCACAAGGCCUGCCCCUGCAAGGAGUUGAACCCCGUGCAGAGCUGGCUGACCUGCCAGAACGCACCGCUGCCAGGAAACCCUCUCUGACACAGAAGUCAGCUGACCCAGAGGAUGGGAGCAGAACGUCUGAGAUGCAACAACCCGGCAAGGCCGCUGAAGGGACACCAUCCAGGACCAGGAGCUCUGAUGCACUUGAUGGUUAUGGUGAAGCGUCUGAGACCCAAGAACCACCAGCACACGAAAGGGAGCAUGAAACACAGAAACUUCCAGUCCAUGGCAUUUCAGAAACACUGGGCAUUAGAGCUGACAGGAAGGAGGGAGGAAGUCUUCAGUCCCAUGGAACAGCAAGGCAGAGGAAAACUCAGCCACCUGCCCUGGAAGCCCAAACACAAGAUGAAAAGGAUCAGGAACUCCAGGGAUCAACAAAAGAAAACGAUGCUGAGGAAGGUUCCGAGUCCCAAGAUCUGAUCUCAGAAGACAGAAAUCAGAAUAGCCCUGAAAUUGAGGGAAAAUACCCUGAGGAAAGCCCAGAGGAAGAAUCUGUGAAUGGCAAAAAUGGCCCUGCAGCUAGAGGGGGCCCCAGAGCAAGAGAAAGAACAGGAGAGUCUGCGCCACCUGAGCAUCAGCCUGGAGCAGAAAACGGUGGAGUCAGCGAGACUCGUGCCAACCCGGCCGCCGCAGAUGAUGGCUGUGGGCACGAGGAGCCUGAGUCACAGGUUACACAGGGUGAAGAGGGGACUUCUGGAACUCCCCACAGUCUGGCUCCAGAGGAAGGUGACCACAGCUCUGAGACAGGUGGGCUGCCUGUGCCAGGGGAGUCCCAGGGUCAGGAAGACCCACAUGGAGAGCCUGAGAAAGGAAGUCACAAUGAUAACCCAGACACUCAGAAGCAGGAAGCACCAGGUGAGAGAAACAGAGCCCAGGAGGCGGCGGUGCUGUCAGCAGAAGGAGAAGGUGUGCAGCUUGCCGAGGGCCAGGAACAGGCUGCCAGAGAACGCAGAAGUCAAGGCUCGGGGCUCAAAGGUCCAGGUGCGGCUGUGCAGCCUGAUGGACACUCAGAGACACAAGAGUCCACAGAAAGGGGUGAAAACACAAAGUCUCUGAGGACAGACAUCCCAGGAGCCCUAGAUGCAGACUUCAGUGACCAGUGUUCCUUAAUGCAGCUCCCUGAGAAGGCAGAUGGUAGAAGACAACUAAAGAUCCAGGGUCCAAGAACCAGAGAAGAAGAAGGGGGUGCAUCAGAGACCCAAGAGGCUCUAUUAAAACGCCUGGAUGAGUACAACUCAGCCUCCCCCAAGACACGUUUUGAAACAGAGGGACCUGCAAUAUUGGAGGAGGAGGAUGGACGUCCCCAUCAGCUGGCAGGAGGACAUGAUGACCAACAAAAUCCAGCUAAGAAAGACUAUGCCUCUGCAGUGUCACGGCCAGGCCUUAAACAGAGGAUGCAGACAGACCAAAAGCUCUCUUCCAGGGAGCCAGCCACAGUCCGUUCCAGUCCACUGUACCAGUACGUGCAAGAGAAGUUACUGGAACAAACACACAUUACCCAAGAGGAGCAUCAAAACCAAGCUAAGACAGCCCACACAUUGGACCAAAAGCUCCAGAAGAUACAGCCGAGGGCAUUUCUCACCAAUAAGAACUCAGACUGUCCUGCCUUUUUCAACCACAGUCAAGCAUCACAACAGCUCACCAGGGAAUGUCUGCCUGAUGAAGAUCCUGCUUAUAUACAGCAGAUGUCAGCUCUGCAGGCCUUGGAAGAUAAGCAGAGAGAGGAACCGGUAUCACACAGGGAGUGA